UUCUAACAGAGUAUAUUAGCUAUCGCUUAUGUAAUAAAGUAGAUUACGACAUUAUUGUGGAGCUGUCUUGAUUAAAAAAAAGAGAGAGAGAGAACUAAACAAAUUUGUCGUCUAUUGGUUCAGGUUAUAAAAUAAAUUUUUAAAUAAUUUGACAUAUUUAAUUACUGAUUUUUUCUUCAUUUUUUUAUGCUAUAUUUAAUAAAAUGGCUUCUAAUAACACAACAACUACAGCACCACAAGCAGGUGUAUUUUCAGGCUUAAAUCCAGUUGAAUUCAAUUCGUCAGAUCCAGUUGUAUUAUUUAUUAUACAAGCUACAAUUAUUCUUAUCUUUUGUAGAUUGAUCGCUAUACCUUUAGGCUAUCUAAAACAACCUAGAGUUAUAUCUGAAGUUAUUGCAGGUAUUAUUCUAGGCCCUACCGUAAUGGGAAGAAUUCCUGGCUUUCAAGAAACAAUUUUUCCAUCAGAAUCCUUACCGUUUAUUAAUUUGAUUGCAACUUUGGGUCUCAUAUUUUUCUUGUUUCAAAUUGGUCUUGAAGUUGAUUUGGCAGUCAUUCGUAGAGGCUUUUAUAAAAGUUUAUCAGUGGCGAUAGCAGGUAUGGUCUUACCAUUCGGUCUAGGUGCUGCUGUCAGUGUAGGUCUCUAUAAACUACAAAAUCGACCCUAUGUUUCAUUUAGUAGCUUUCUAUUAUUUUUAGGUGUCACUAUGUCGAUUACUGCCUUUCCUGUAUUAGCACGUAUUUUAGCAGAAUUGAAAUUACUACGUACCAAUGUCGGGGCAAUUACGAUGGCAAGUGGAUUGAUCAAUGAUUGUACAGCUUGGGUUUUAUUGGCGUUAGUGGUUGCAUUAAUGAAUUCAUCGGGUGGAAUUAAAGCCCUUUAUGUAUUUUUGACAGCUGUGGGAUUUACAUUUUUUGUCUUGUUUAUUGUAAGACCAUUAUAUCGAAAGUUAUGUCAUUAUACACAAUCUUUUGAACAUGGUCCCUCACCUCUUUUAAUGGCUGCUACCUUGAUAAUUGUUAUGAUAUCUGCUUUUGUAACAAAUAUUUUAGGUAUUCAUGCUAUUUUUGGUGGAUUUUUAGCAGGUGUAAUUGUACCUCAUGAGAAUAAUUUGUCAAUAAAAAUUACAGAGAAAAUAGAAGACAUAGUAAACAUCAUAUUCUUACCUUUAUAUUUUACUUUGUCUGGUUUGAAAACUCAAAUUGGAUUAUUAGAUUCAGGUGCAGUUUGGGGAUAUGUGAUUCUUAUUAUCUUUUUAGCUUGUUUUGGUAAAAUCAUAGGUUGUGCUGUAGCUGCCAAAGUAUGUGGUAUGACCUAUCGUGAAUCAUUCGCUGUAGGUUUCUUAAUGAAUUGUAAAGGGUAAGCUAAUGCCUUAAAACUAAUAAACGUAUAUGAUCGUUUACGUUGUGCACAGUUUAGUAGAGCUUAUUGUACUUAAUAUUGGACAUGAUGCUGGUAUCUUAAGUGAUCAAAGUAAGAUUACAUAUUGAGUAGUUUUGUCCUUUUUUUUUUUCCUGAAUGGUAUCAAAAGCGGCAACAACAACA